AUGGCCUGUUUGGCAGUCACAAGUGCUGCUCGAUCUAUUUAUCUUGGAUACGUACCGAUAUGCUUAAUCUAUCGGUUUCUAGAAUCAGACAAGGAUAGAAUAGAGUUGUUUUACAUAUGUAAAAAGUUGAUGAACAAGAGAUACUUGGUGUUGGAUGACGGUGUCUAUCAACUAGAGAAAUUCAAGUAUCAGAGUAUAGUAGACUGCUGUGUAAGACUAGCUGUUGGCAACGACCAUCUCAAGCAUCUCUACAACUUGCUCUACAACAACACCAACACAUUGGUCGCAUCACUUAAUGCCAAGACUAUCGACUACAUCAGACCAGAGGUAUCUUCAGUUGCAGCAGCUGAAGCUGUACAAGCGUGGAAACACGGUGCACGCGCCAACAUACUACCUCGUCUCCAGACACUCGUCAUUGACAAAUCAAACGAUAUUGCAUUCUUAACAUCACAACAAAUUGUUGAUUUUGCAAGUUACAUUCCACCAUGUGUUACAACGAUCGUAUUCAACGUUGACUUUAUCGAACCUAUUGCAACCAACCUACCAUCAACCAUCAAAUCAAUCGCAUUUAAAAGAUGUUAUAACAAGUCAAUCACAAGAUCGAGUUUUCCACCGACCCUCCAAUCACUUCAUCUCGGUGCCUACUUUAACAUGCCUAUUCGAGGUGGUGAUCUUCCUAUUGGGUUGUUGGAUCUACAGAUUGGUAGUGGGUACAGUCACCCUCUACCCGUCGGUGCCCUUCCUCCCCACAUUCACAGCCUCACCUUUUUAACGAGGAACUUUGUCAAAGACUCUGUACACUUUCCACACACGGUGAGAAAGCUUGUUCUCUCCUCUGUACGGUCGAUUCAAAAGGAAGAGUUCCCUCCCAACCUAGAAUACCUUGAAUUCUACGACGCAUCACCUGAAAUCAUAAAAGGGUCAUUACCAACAUCCCUACGUAAACUAGUUUUACAAGGUCCCUUUAAACUCGACUCUCCAGAUAUUCUUCCUCCCAAUCUAACUCAUCUAAGAUUUGAUGAUAAAUCAAAUUCUGGUAUCAUAAAAUAUCUCCUCAUUGUUUGUAAACCAGAAUCUAUAACUCAUUUAAAUUUUGGAUUAUAUUUUAAUAGUAAAUUACCUACACCUUUACCAUCGAACCUUGUAGAGUUGGUAUUUGGAUCAUUAUUUAAUCAACCUAUUCAAGAAGGUGAUCUACCAGAAUCACUUGAAUAUUUAGCAUUUGGAGAUGGAUUCAAGAAAAAGUUACCAAUAUCUAUGCCUAAAGGGUUGAAACGAUUGGUACUAGGAAAGAGUUUUGAUGUAUCCAAUAUACGUAAACAUUCAUUUCCAUCGUUGGAACAUAUUACAGUUUGGUCAACUCCAAGUAUCAUGCAUAAAAAAGGUCCUACCAUUCCUACCACUUGCAGUGUUGUAUAUCAAUCAGGAUUAAUAACAGAACCAAAAUUUUAUAAUGAUUAUCAUAUUUCUCUUCCACCACCACCACCAAUACCAUCUCCACAAACUUUAUAG